AUGGAUUCGUGGGUGAUAUCACAAGUAUCUUUCUGGUACACUGUGAAUAAGGUGAAACCAGCACAGGUCGUCGACAAGGUUAUUGAGCUGUUCCUUGACAUUGUUACCCCAGGAAGAGGUGCUGGAGAGAAUUCGUGGCUCAUGAAAGGUUGGAGAUCAAUUGAACAAAGCUUUGACCGUGCUGAUCGAGAAAUUGAAAUAAGAAACGACUUGAGGCGCUGGGAUAACCAAUUCCCAGAGAUUCAUCAUGAAUUGAUCGUCCGUUGGUUAAGCGGCGCUGUUGUGUCCAUAGCAGUUACUUCAAUUUACAAUGGACUGAAGCCUCGUCCACGAAAAAAGUAUUGA